CCCUGUCAAUGAACGUCAAGCCCAUGACGUUAUCGUCGUUCGUAAACAUCAAAACAUCGUGACUCCGAGAAUUAUUACAUCCAACCAAAACGUGCAAUUUUCUUAUAAUUAAUUCCAAGUCAGAUUAACUGCUACGAUCGAUUGUGAUAGGAUUUAGUGGGCAACAAACCUUUGUUUAAGUAAGUGAAAAUGAAUUUGAAACUAUUAUAUAUAAACAUACGAUACUAGUGAAUACUAUUCGUUUAACCUAAAAUCAUUGUAUUUAGGGCACAGCGUAGAUCCAGUAGGGUAUCAGUACGGGAACAAUUUAGAAAUCAGAACAGAACUUAAAGGUAGGCCUGCGCUAAAGUAAACUUAUUGAAAUCCGUGAUAACCUACGUUAUACGUUCCUUCAGAAACAACGUGGAAAAACCCUAUAGCCCGACUCUGUGAAUUUGUUUUGGAUGACUAAGGGUGAAACUAAAUCUUUGAGCUACAUACGCCAAAAGGGUGGUUGCUACACAGAAUUUCAGCCGUUAUCCGAACAAAUCUCAAAGAUUUACCCACACUAGUCGGAUUUGGGUACCCACUAUUCCACUUCCCGGAAGGAUGCCAGAGACAGAGCGUAAUGAUUGCAAAGUCUGCCGGAGGUCGAACAAUGUAGACGACAUGGUAUUCUGCGCGGUGUGUGAGGAAUGGUUCCACUACCGAUGUGUAGGAGUGACCUCAGCCGUGGUCAACGAAAGCUGGAUGUGCGCUGGGUGCUCGGCUCUGCCAUCGUCAACACGGAUCGGCGAGCUAGGAGCAGGCGACAAAUCGAUCGCUGUUACCAUCGUGUCCUCGGGCGCCACUGGAUCGUUACCGGCGAUGACCCCAUCUUCAAGCACUGUGCCGUUUUCAAUGAAUUCGGCAUUUCCACUGGCUUUUACGGCAGCAUCGUACAACGUGUCAUCGACAGCACUUCCAUCUUUACCCCCCGUAAUUGCUGGGCCCUCCGGAUUCCAACCUCGUGUUACAAAUCCAGUCGCAGUACAAGCAACUAGUCCAGUCCAGUCUUUGUUGUCGGAACAGGCGCGUGCGAGCCUGCAGUGGAUCAGAGAUCAACGGAUAAUGCUUGAGCAGCACAUGGAAGAAAUGAACAAAAAGGAAAUGGAAAGGAAGAAGGCGAUGUUAGUACGAAUCACGGAAAACGCUAUGCAGGGAGUAUUAAGCAGUGAGGCAUCGAAUGCUUUCAACGAGCAGUCCGCUGCGGUAGGAAUCGGAAAGGUAGGUGACUGGCUGGGAGAGAUGGUCGGCGAGAUGAAUAAUCUGUCAAUCACACCAGCGAGUGCAAUGGGACAGGUAGCAGCAUCAGCCAUACCUGUGCUCAACGACAGUUCCACCCGACAACUGCGGGCUCUUUCAACCGAAGUGUAUUUGAUCCGUCGCUGUCUUCAAUAUUUCUUGGCGGACUGA